AUGGCCGUGUCUCAAGCAGGUUCGGGCAAUGGGGCCGACACGGCGCACGCGAAGAGACUGAUAGCUGAGCGUGCUCGCGCUGACGCGGAAAAGGCUAGAGCUGCGGCGGAGGAGAGGCGCGCGGAGGCUGUGAAAUUGCGCGUCGAGGCGGAAGUAAAGCAGCAGGCGGCGGAGGAGAAACGAAGGUUGGCAGAAGAAAAGCGGAGGAUCGCGGAGAAGGCCAAAGAGGAGGCGCAAGCUCGGCAGGCGGAGGCGGAGAGCGCGCAGGCUGAAGCGGAGAGGAAGGCGGAGGCAGCAGCGCGGCGGAAAGCGGAGGCGGCGGAAGCGAAGGAGCAGGCGAAUGCGGCGAUGCAGCGCGCGGUGAGUGCGCGGGAGGAGGCAGAUGCGAAGAGAGAGCGCGCGAAGCAGGCGAAGGCGGAGGCUGAUGAGAAGAGGGAGAAAGCUGCGCAAGCCAAGGCAGAGGCAGACCGGAAGCAGGCUGAGGCAGAGCAAGCGAGGGAGACAGCCGAGGCUGCGAGAGCGAAGGCUGUGAGCGGGAGGGAGGUUGCGGAGAAAGCCCAGCAAGGGGCGGAACUGGCGAAGGAGGAAGCGGAGAGGGCGAGGGGCGAGGCGAAGCAGGCUCAGGAGAAGGCGGAGGCUGCUCGGGCUGCUGCGGAGGGGAAGAGGGAAGAGGCGGAGAAGGCGAAGCAGAGCGCGCGGGCGCGUCUGGAGGAGUCUGUGGCGCUGAAGGAAAGGGCCGCUGAGGCGCGAGCUGCGGCGGAAAAGGAGCACGCGGAGCUGGAGAGGCGGAAGGGCGAAGCGGAGAGCGCGCGGGAGAAGGCGGAGGCGCAGAGGAGGGAGGCUGAGGAGAAGAAGCAGCAUGCUGAGAAGGCGAAGGAGGACGCGGAGCGGAAGAGGAUUGAGGCGGAAAAGGCGAAGGAGGAGGCUGGGAGGGCGAAGGUGGAUGCGGAGAGGGCGAGGGAGGAGGCGGCGAGGAGGCAGGAGGAGGCGGAGGGGAAGCGGGGUGAGGCGGAGAGGAAGCAACAGGAGGCAGAGAGGUUGCGGGAGGAGGCGGAGAAGGGGAGGUUGGCUGCUGAGCAGGCGAGAGCGCAGGCGGAGCAGGCGAGGGAAAGGAAGAAGGAGCUAGAGCUGAAAGCUGCGGCAAAGAGUUGGACGGGGAGGAAACGGUUGGGAGAAAACAGGCCUGAGCUGUGGGAAGAGGGCGAGUUUCUUCGUCUUGAACACACGCUACCAAUGUCGGACGCGGAAGAAGCGGAAAAUGCGCCGGUUGAGGAGGUUACACAGGGAGAGGCGCCUGCUAAGGAAGCAGCAGGCGAUGAUGGUGGUGGGGUUGAAGGAGAAGGAGGAGAAGAAGCUGAGGAAGUUGGGGACGAGGGAACGGGAGAAGAGGAAACAGCCGAAGAAGUAAAGGAUGAUGCAAAUGAUGGAGAGAAGGAAAGCGAAGGGGGAAAUGCUGGUGACGAAGAAGGGGGGGUAGAAGCGGAAGUUACCCCUGCUGAAGCGGGUGAAGCAACUGAAGCAGGUGAAACGAGUGGUGCUGGUGACGCACGAGAAGCAAGCGACUCGGGAGAAGCGGCUGAAGGAGGUGAAGCAGAAGAAACAAGCGGAGAAACGAACGCGACAGGAGAAGCUGAAGCAGGUGAAGCUGCUGAGGCGGUUGCGGAAGAGGAAGCGGAAGAAAAUGUGGAAGAGGCGGCUGAGGGGAUCAGCGAGGCGGAUGCUGAGAGCGCUGCUGAUGGGAAGACAGAGGCGGAAGCCGGCGACGCUGCGCCGGCGGAAGCCGAGCAAGCGGAAGCGGAGCAGGCGGAAGGGGAGCAGGCGGAAGGGGAACAGUCAAAGGGAGAUGACGAUCAAGGGAGCGACAAAGGGGAGGCUGAGGAUGCAGAGGCGGGUGUGACUGAACCGGGAGGGUCGAACGCAGAGGAAGUAGCUGCAGAGGAGACUGCUACAGCCGAGGCUACAACCGAGGGUACAGCCGAGGCUACAGCCGAGUCGAGUGCAGAAGCAGGUGAGGAGACCAACGAAGAGGCGAGUGGGGAGGCGAGUGGGGAGGCAACUGGUGAGCCGAGUGAUGCUGCUGGUGGAGGUGAAGGGGGAGAUCUGGAGGGAACGACGAGUGAUGGGGAGUCACGAGCGGCAGAAGGAGAGAUGGAGGACGAGGGGAAGGAAGAUGACACAGGGGACGGACCGGUGGAGGAGAAAGGUGAGGAGGAGAGCUUAGGAGGACAAGGAGAAGGAGAGAAGGGAGAAGAGGAGGGAAGUGGCGAGGAGGUGAGGAACGAAGUGGGAGCGGAAGGGGAGGAAGAUCGAGGAGAGGAGGGAGGAGAGCGGACAGAAGGAGGAGGAGAAGAAGGUAUUGAAGCGGCAGCUGGAGGAGCAAGCGGCGAGGUUGAUGGGGAGGGGGCAGCGGAGGAGGCGGAGGGGGAUAAAGAAGAAGAUGCGGAGAAGAAUGAUGACGUGGCAUCUGUGUCGUCAGGUGGCGGCGAUGGGGAGGAUGAACGGGCAGGUGAAGAAAGCGAGGAGAGAAUACAGGAUGGAGAGAUGGGUGGAGAUGAGACAGGGGAGGACGAGAAGGGGCAGGAGGAGGAGAGUUCCGAGGCAGAGGGGGUUGGAGGAGAGAUGGGCGAGUCUAGGUUGGAGGAAGGAGCAGGAGAGGAGGUGAUAGGGGAAGCAGCGAGUGCGGAGCAAUUGGGGGGAGAACCGGGGGAAGGGGAGGAAACGGAGGAGAAAGAUAAGGGUGGGGUUGAGGAGGAGAGGGAGGGGGAGGGAGUUACUAUUCAUGUUGAUGGUGACAAUGGGAUGGAAGAGGAGGGGAAGGCAGAGGAGGAAGCGGCAGGGGAGGCUAGUGGCUUGCGGGUAGAGAAAGGGAAAGAAUCGAAGGAGGGAGAGGGAAGAGGGGAAGAGGGGGAGGUGGAAGCUGGUGCAGGUCAGAACCAUGUGAAGGAUGGAGAGGGGAGUGAGGAGGGGAGUGAGAAGGGGAGUGAGAAGGGGAGUGAGAAGGGGAGUGACAAGAGUGAGAGUAGUAGUGACAGCGAUAGCAGCAGCGAGAGUGGGAGUGACAAGGAGGGGGAUGACGAUGAGAAGGAGAAGAAGAAGAAAGAUAAAAAGGAGAAGAAGGAUAAGGAGGCGUCUAAGGCGGAGGAGCAACUGGGGAAGCUGAAAGAAGAGCUGGAAGCGGAGGAGGAGAGGAGGAUAGCGGCAGAAGAAGCUAGGGACGAGGCGGAGGAGGGGCGAAGGGUGGCUGAGGAGGGCAUGGAGGCGAUGGUGGAUGCUAAGAGGCAGACGGUGAAGAACCUGACAGAGAGUUUGCUGGCUUCGGAGGAGCAGAGGAAGAGGCUUGUUGCCGUGCUACGAUCCUCGUUUGGGGGGGAGGAGGGGCGGCGGUUGGCUGAGGAGGGCAUUGAGGCGAUGGUGGAUGCUAAGAGGCAGACGGUGAAGAAUCUCAGAGAGUCUGCUGGCUUCAUAGGAGCAGAGGAAGAGGCUCGUUGCUGUGCUGUGACCCGUGAAUGGAGGUAA